AUGGCCAAAGCUCUACACAUAACCAUCCUUCUCUUCCUCAUAUCCGCCAACCUCCUCCCAUUCAUCAACUCCGCUAGGCUUCUUGAUGAGAUCCAACCUCAGUCUCAGUUAGUCCCUACCGGUCAAAUCCCCAACGUGGUGGCUCCAACAGAAGCUGAGGAAGAACCUGCACCAGCAACAACAGUCCCAGCUGGUCCAGCAGGGGGUGAACACGAGCCAUCACUAGAGUUCUUUAUGCACGACGUCCUAGGAGGGUCACACCCAUCAGCUCGUGUGGUCACUGGUAUAGUAGCACAAACCGAAGUGAACGGUAUACCAUUCUCAAAGGCCAGCAACAGCAUCUUCCCUGUAGACAACGGAGUACCACUAGUCAACUCAAACAACAUCAACAGUGUCAUUAACCCAAACACAGCUCCACUUCUCACAGGCCUAGGCGGUGCUCAAACCAGCACAGUGAUACAAAACACUAACGGCAACUCCAACGAUGCUCUCAGCUCCAACAGUCUCCCCUUUGUAACUGCAGGAAACCUCCCUCCGGGUGCUGCUCUUCAGCAUCUCAUGUUUGGAACCAUAACUGUUGUAGACGAUGAGCUAACAGAAAGCCACGAGCUAGGUUCAGCAGUUAUAGGGAAAGCUCAGGGGUUUUACCUGGCAAGCUCCUUGGAUGGGACUAGCCAGACUCUUUCUCUGACAGUGUUGCUAGACAGAGAGCAUGACCAUCAUGAUACUUUGGAUGAUGCUAUUAGCUUCUUUGGAGUUCACAGGACAGCCUCUCACGCCUCUCAGAUUGCUGUUAUUGGUGGGACAGGGAAGUUUGAGCAUGCUAAAGGGUAUGCUAUAGUGGAAACUCUGCAUAACCAGAAUAAUCAGCAUAUCACUGAUGGUCAAGACACUAUUCUCCAUUUCAGUGUUUACCUCACCUACAAAGCUUGA